CAGAUACCAAACACCAAUCUAGUUACUACUUACACCAAAUCAACAAUGGCAUUCACAGUACAAUCGGUGUUGUCCAACGUGUUCGGAGGUCUUUCCAGUGAUUUCAAGAAGAAAAACUUUUCCCUUUACGGUCAAUGGAUUGGUAUAGUAAGUAUUUUCCUUUGUUUAGCUCUUGGAGUUGCUAAUCUUUUCCAUGUAUCCGUGGUGAUUGUAUUUAGUAUCAUUUGUAUUGUUCAAGCGCUUGUAGUGACAUUUGUUGAAAUUCCAUUCUUAUUGAGAAUUUGCCCCUUAACGGAACAAUUCACCAAUUUUAUCCGCAAUUUCGAUGAAAAUUGGCCAAGAUGUGGAUUUUAUUUGUUGAUGGGAGUUAUUCAAUGGCUUUCAUUGACUGUUCAAGUGACUAGUUUGAUUGCUGUUGCUGUUUUAUUUACGUUGGCAAGUUCAUGUUAUGCCUUGGCUGCCAUUAAAAAGCAAGAUUAUUUGAAGAGUUCCAUUCAAGUGACUGGACCAAGUGAUUCAUUGGAGGGACAAAUUGGUGAACAUGUUGUAAGAAAUGUAUUAUAAGGAAGAAAAAAUAUGAAGAUAGUAAAUAAAGAAAUAAAUGAAUA